AGUAGAGAGAGAGAGAGAGAGAGGGAGCGGAGGGCAUUAGAGCAGAGUAGAGAGUGGAGAUGUUGUUGUUGCAGCAGCAAUCUCUUCAUUUCCCUUUCCCUCCUCUCUCUCACCGGUCGUUAUUCUCUCCUUCUUUCAGGCCCACCACCACCAUCACCACGUUCCAUCACUCCUUCCGGGCCCGCCUCCAAACCGGACCCGAAACGCUGCUCGCUCAGCUCCCAGAACCUCCCUCCACAUCCCAAGACGAAGAUGGCCCCAUCGAACUCCCCCCUCCUUCCUCCUCUUCUUCCCCUCUCUUCGGCAAUCCCAACGAUCCGUCUCCUCUCCAAGUAGCCACCAGCGUCCUCCUCACCGGCGCCAUCUCCGUCUUCCUCUUCCGCUCCCUCCGUCGCCGGGCCAGACGCGCUAAAGAAAUGAAAUUCCGAUCAUCAGGCAUGGAGAAGAAGGGUCUGAAGGACGAGGCAUUAGAUAGCUUGAAAGCAAUGCAGUCCGUCUCCAUCGAGCCCGGGUCUCCACCUUCACCUGUCCAGGCGUUGCUGGGCGGGCUGUCUGCCGGGGUGAUUGCGCUCGUUCUUUACAAGUUCACGACCACGAUCGAAGCGGCCCUCAAUCGCCAGACCAUCUCAGAUAACUUAUCGGUUCGGCAGAUAACAAUAACGAUUAGGACUAUCGUGAACGGGCUGUGCUAUCUUGCGACAUUUGUUUUCGGCAUCAACGGGGUCGGCUUGGUGCUCUAUUCUGGCCAGCUUGCCAUCAAUUCCUUCAUGGAAACCUCUGCAGAUGAUGCAACAUCUAGCAAAGGCAGUCAGCAGCCAAGCACGACUAGUGCUUCAACUACACCUCCCAUGGAUGACAUGAGAUCGAAUGGCGAUGGUGAACAGCAAGGUUCAGAUGGGACUCAAUAAUCAAUGAAAGUAGGGAAAAAAAAUAAAAAUAAAUCCGAAAAGCAUCAUCAUCAACAGAGAACAUCAAGAGGUUCAGUUCCCUUCCCCACCUUGUACACCACUAUUUAUUCGAGUCUUUAGCAUGCGAGUCCUUGGUCAUGCCAUUUUCCUUGUUCUCAAAGCAGUAGUCCAUCAUAUCUCUUGUAUUAAGCUAUCAAUUAGCUUAUUUAGAAGCAUUUGUUUAUUUA